AGUUGAUCGUGAAACUGAUUUUUUUUGUGUUGAUUGAGAGAGCAAUUUGAAUUUGAAAUUUUUGACGUGACGUGAGAAAGAGAAGUGAGCAGUUUUUUUUUUUGAGGUGGUGAAAAAUAUACUAUGACUAGACGAGUUUGGAAAGGGUUGAUGAAGUUUUCUAACGAAGUGUUUGGUGGAACGUUCCAGUAGAAGAGUAGAGCGAAAACAUUGCGUGACUUGAGAAGUUUCCCUUCGUUGAAGUGAAGACUUAUUAGUGUCUCGGUAUUGAGGGGAGAAAAGUGGCGGUGGUCCGGAGAAGGAUUACACCGUAGAACUUGAGUUUUAUAGCGAGUUUGAACAAGUGAUUAGUGGGGACUGUGAAAGGCAAAGGCCAGAAAGUCAAAGCCCUAGCCAUCAUGACAGAACUAAUGGAUUUAAGAAUGCAUCACCACUUGGCCCUGCAGACGGAGAUCUACCGGCAGAGAAUGCUUCAAGGUUUGCCGGAUCCUUACCCGACGAUGCUACCGGUGCCAGCACCAAGGCCUAUGAUGUUACCUCCGCGCUUCCCGCUGCCCUCGGAGGUAGACGUCAAGCUACAGAACAAAGAACUCUGGAGCCAAUUUCACCGCAUUGGAACAGAGAUGAUCAUCACCAAGUGCGGAAGACGGAUGUUCCCCUCGAUGCGGCUCUCGAUCAACGGCCUUGAAGCGGAGGACAACUAUUGCGUCCUGAUAGAGAUGAUCCCAAUCAGCGACUGCCGCUUUAAGUUCAGUGGAUCCCAGUGGGUCCCCGCGGGAGGCGCCGAGCCUCAGAGCCCCCAGCGCAUGUACCUACAUCCGGACAGUCCGGCUCUGGGAUCUCACUGGACUUCGCAACCCGUCGUGUUCAACAAGGUCAAGCUGACCAACAACACGCUGGACAGUAACGGACAUAUCGUCCUGACCAGCAUGCACAAGUACCAGCCCCGCAUUCAUAUCAUCAAAACUUCGGAUCCUUCGCAGAUCCCCUGGUCCCCGCAGUCCGCUUUCACCUUUCCGGAGACCGAAUUCGUCGCCGUUACCGCUUAUCAGAACGAUCGUAUCACCAAGCUGAAGAUCGACCACAACCCCUUCGCAAAGGGAUUCCGGGAAACCGGUCAAUCCCGCUGCAAGCGAAAAGCCGGCCUCAUGAGCACCUCCCGCUCCAUCGAAGAUUCCGAAGAAUCCGGUGGCGAAUCCGGACCGGAGCUCAAACGCCAACGGACGGACAGUGCCUCCCUGGACGACAGUGAUAUCUCCGCCAGCGACGGUUCAAGCAGCGGCACCAGCUCGCCGGUCAACGUGGACGACCUGCACCAUCAUCGCAGUCCUUGCUCGCCCCAUGAAGACUUCCUCCGAUCUUCACACCCUUACCAGCAAAUGCUGAACCCUGCCAUGGCCGCCGCUGCCGGUUGGAUGGAUCUCAUGCUACCGUACUUCCAACAGCCUCAUCUCCCCCUGUCCCCGAGUAAUCACCCUCUGCACCACUUUAAACGCGACUUCAAUCCCCUCCCACUACCCGUCUCCCCGAAAUCCCUCGAAAGAUCCGUCGCUGAAUCCACCGGCAAGAAGCUCGGCUUCAGCAUAUCCGCUAUCCUCGGGUACGAUCGGUAAACCGAUCCACUCGUCGCGCUCCCACCUCGCUCGUAAAAGGUGCUAAUCAAGACUGCACCCAAAGCACAGGCUGGGGGUUGUAGGGGAGACCUACCCAAGAGACUGCAUCCACGAACGAGGAAGUCGCGAGAAAGCAAAUCAAAAUGCAAAGCAAAGAGCAAAAAAAAAAGAAAAAGAAAAACGGGUGUAAAUUAGUUCCUCACACAUUCACACCUGGAUGCGAUCGAGCAUACUUGCAUCGUCGUCGUCGUUGUCGUCGCCAUCUCCCGGGUGUUA